AUGUCGUCGCGAUUCCCCGAUCGAUCGGGCCCGGGGCGCAGCCGAUCGCGAUCCCCUUCAUCCUGGCGUCAACCCCAGAACCGUCCCCGUGAUGACGACAGAGAAUGGCGCGACAGAAGGGACUCAGAUCGGAGACCGCAGCAACCUCGCAACACACGCGAUCAAAUGCGGAUCAACCAGCUCCAGGAGGAUGAGCAAGCGCGGGAAUGGGUGUCGCAGGAGGAUGUCUUCGUGCUGAAACAGGCUAAGAAGAAGGCCGAGAUUCGUGUGAAGGAAGGACGCGCAAAGCCCAUUGACUGGCUGACGGUGACCCUACGCUUCAUUGAUCCCACACGCAACCCUUUAGACGACGAAAUCGCGGAUUCUGAGCUCGAUGUGGUGGACCCGGAUGGUGUCUUUGAGGGACUUUCUCAGAAAGAGCUACAGGAUCUGGAGAGCGAAAUUGACACGUUUGUCGAGCUGGAGACAAAUGCGCAGAAUCGGGACUUUUGGCAGACGAUGAAAGUCAUUUGUCGAGACCGCCAGAAAACCUCUGCACCCGAAGGCCGUGCUCUCAGCUCUGUCGCCGCUGAUAUCAACAAGCUCUUGAGCCCAAAGACAUAUGAACAACUCAAGACGCUGGAAGUUCAGGUCAAGAGAAAAUUGAAUUCAAACGAGCCUAUCGAUACGGAUUAUUGGGAGGAGCUGUUGCGCAGCUUGACCGUGUGGAAGGCGCGUGCAAGGCUGCGCAAUGUCUACCAGGCCGUUAUUGACGAACGAAUUCGCGAUCUAAGAAAACAACAAAGAGAGGAAGCAGAAUCGAUUCGGGAAAAGCUGGCCCCCUUGGCACCACUUUAUACCGAUGAGCAGCAGCUAAAUUCUACAUUUUCAGCGGAAUUCAAGGGGUUGGAUCCCGAUCCGUUGCUUCAGGUUCGGCCUGAAGACAAAGGACUAGAAAUCAUGGAUGAGUCUGCAUUCCUUCGUCAAGUUGCUCGUGAACGGCAGAAGAUCCUCCGCAUGGGCUACGUUCCUCUGCGACAGCGAUCUGCUGAAAAGACAGCCACGACCUUAAUCAAUUCAGUUCCAAGCAGCUCCGCUACCCCGGCUGUUUCCAGUCGAUUUUCUUCUCUUCCCAAUGAUGACUUCUCGCAGGCGACAAAGGCAUUGUAUGAACGAGAAUUGGCCAAGGGCGUCAGCGAGAACGAAGAGAUCUUUACCGGUGAAGAGGCCGUGACCACGCCUUCGCAAGCCCAGUGGGCCAGCAAAUACCGCCCCCGUAAACCUCGCUACUUCAACCGAGUGCAAAUGGGCUACGAAUGGAACAAGUACAACCAGACCCACUACGACCAUGAUAAUCCGCCCCCCAAGGUCGUGCAGGGUUACAAGUUCAACAUCUUCUACCCCGACUUGAUUGAUAAGGCUAAGGCCCCAACUUAUCGCAUUGAGCGAGAAGGCGGCCGCAAGCGUGGACAGUCCUUUGCCGCGGCCGGAGAGGAAGAUACUUGUCUGAUCCGAUUUAUGGCCGGGGCACCGUACGAGGACAUCGCCUUCCGAAUUGUUGACAAAGAAUGGGACUAUAGUGCGAAGCGCGAGCGCGGCUUCAAGAGCACAUUCGACAAAGGCAUUCUGCAGCUCCACUUCCAAUUCAAACGGAUCUAUUACCGGAAGUAA